AUGUCCACGCUCGCGAGACCUCCCACUUACGCUCUCGGUUCCUUUGACUCGCACUGGGAGACCGCUUCUACACCGAGCGCUCCGAGGGCGAGGCGAGAGGGUCUAGGGCGAGGCGGGAAUAAUUUGUUGUGCAACUAUAUGUGCUCUAUCGAUAGGAUAGGAUUGAUAUCAUCAAUCACAACAUGUUUGUUCCUGAACGUGACAUCAACCUUUCAAGAAAACGUCCACCGCUCAACCUUCCCCGUAAUUGUUCCGAGGUUUAGUACUCUCAGAAUGUUUUAA